AUGGCAACUAACUUAGUGAAUUACAUGAAUGAAUCAUGUCCUUUUCUAACAUUCACGCACCACUUUUCAACGAGGGAAGUUGAGUACCUAGAUGUGAAACUUGUAAAGGACACUCAAAAUAACUGUUUCUGUUCUAAGAUCUUUAGGAAAAAUACUUAUUGUAAUGCUUUCCUUCACUUCUCUAGUAACCAUCCUUUGAAUCAGAAGAAGUCUAUCUUCAAAGGUCAACUUGUGAGAGCAACACGUAUGUGCAGCACCCUUGUUGACUUUGAAGAGGAGUGUAGUAUUCUCAAAAAUAUGUUCCAAAACAGAGGUUACCCUAUUGACUUCUUGGAUAACCUUAUAGACGAGGUAACCUUUAAAAGAAACACAGGGUUUUACCAACCACUCUUACAGGGCAUUAAACAGAGAAAUCACCAAAAUUCUAUGGAAUUGGUGAUAGACUUGGGUGAGGAUGCAGAAAACCCCCUUCCGAUUGAACACAUUAACAUAGACCAGAGUCUCAGUCCCAAAGUUGUUGAUUUUAAAAACAGGUUUAUUCUUACCUACAAUAAACACAUUCAUAGUAUGUGUAGUAUUGUUAAGAAAAAUUGGGAGUUCAUUACAAAUAAUACCCACCUUUUUGAAAUCUUGGGUGCUUUUCCUGGUUUUACAUUUAAAAGAGGAAAUGCGCAAAAAGGAAUACCGCAUAUAUGUCAGUUUUGUGGAAAUGCAUUCAGCAGCAAACACCACUUGGCACAGCAUACCAUGUUUAAACAUCCUGAUCCACUUGUUAAAAAAGUAGCAUUAAGAUGCAGCCGUCACAAACAUGUCAAAGACUUGUCCCAAGUUUUGCAAAACACUGAAAGUGUGACAGAAAAAGUUGAAAAUAAACCAUGCUUUCUCAUAGAAGGCAAACUAUACAGUGCUAAUGAAAGUGAUAAAAGUGCUUCUGUUUUAGAUCACAGUGUCAUGGAAGAGAAACCUCAUGUAUGUAAAAACUGUGGAAUGCUAUUCAGUGAUUUAUCACUACUUAAUAAACAUAAGCAAACUCAUAGGGGUAAGCGUAUUGCAUGCACUGAAUGUGGAAAGUUAUUUACAUCGUCGCAUCAUGUUAAAAGGCAUCAGGUCGUUCACACUGGAGAGAAACCUUUUGACUGUACUGACUGUGGGAAGAGGUUUUCUCGGUUAUCUCAUGUUCGUCGCCACAGACUUAUUCACACUGGAGAGAAACCAUUUAAAUGCGAUCAGUGCGACAAGGGUUUCAGUAGUCCAUCACAUGUUAAAAGGCAUUAUGUAACACACACUGGUGAGAAGCCAUUUUUCUGUACAGACUGUGGAAAGAGGUUCACAAGGUUGGCACACCUGCAGAGACAUCAGCAAGGCCACAGAGACCCGCCAUUACACAAGUGUACACGGUGUGAGAAGUGCUUUAAAAAUGACCUACAACUAAAGAGACAUUUGCAGCGUCAUGAAAACUGCCUGCAGAAUUGCCCUGAAUGUGGAAGGCCUUUCUUUAAUCUUUUGCAGUUCAAUCAGCAUAUGUUAAAACAUGUUAAGAAGAAAUCAUUUGUGUGCACAGAAUUCAGUCUUUCUUCAGCAUCAGCAACUUCAUUUGAGAGAGAGUGA